UUUAUCUUUUUUAAAAUGUCAGAAACCAAACCACCCACUCGCCAAGAAAGAAAGCAAUGUUGGUUUUUACGCGAUCAAUACUUUGCUUGUCUGGAUUCACUCGACAUUAACGAUCCCACUGUAGUCGAAAAGAAUCCCGAAAAAGCAACCAAAUGCCUAGAAUUAAAAAAAGGUUAUGAAGAAGGUUGCAUGGCCAGUUGGGUUGAAUACUUUAAUAAACGCCGUGUUUUGGAUUUACGGCAGAAACAGUACUUGGAAUUCUCUGCUCAACAAUCCGGAAAAUAAAGAGAAAUUUCAGCAAACUUAUGUGUGGAGGUUUAGCUUUGUAAAAAUAUCGAUUCAGCUCUGAUAGUGUAGAUUAAAAAGAACGGGAUAAAUAAAUAAAAAAAGUGUCUUGGAAAACAAUGGCAUCAUUGUCUUUUAAUU